UGCGAGGUUAUUAAUCGUUAUUUUAUUUUUCUUAAAUAUAUUUCCGGUAAAUUUCUGGUUUUUCUUUUUUUUUUGUUGCGUUCAUCUUUUUGGGUUUGGCCAAUAAUGGAGAUCUUCUUCCACCAUUUUCCUGGAAAAUCUCGCAAUCUAGAAGAUGGAUCUCUAGAGAGGUAAAGCCGAGAGAAUCACUCAAAUCUCUGCUCUUCGUCCGAUUUAGAUUUUGAUAUCUGUAUCUGUCUUUAAAACUGUUGGAUUGGAAUCGAAGUUUUGGAAAAUUUGUGUUUGUCGUCAUUCCGAUCGAUUGGGAAAUGAUUUCGAAUCCACGUAUGUUGUUCUACUCGUGCAUUGCGAAAGGAACAGUGAUUCUCGCGGAGUUCGCUCCAAAGGAAGAGGCAGGAAUCGAAGAUCUAGCUUUGAGAUGCAUUGAGAACGUGCCUCCUCACCAUUCGAUGGUCUCUCACACAGUCCGUAAGAGAACUUACUCUUUGAUCAUCGAUGGUUUGUUUUCGUAUUUCGCCAUCUUAGACGAGGUCGUGGCGAAAUCGGAGUCUCUCUGGCUUUUCGAUCGAUUGAGAUCAGCUACGGAGUCUCUGAUGGAAGACGGAUCUACGGCGGAUUCGUUGGUUAAUCCGACUCAACACUGUCUCCAAUCGAAGCUCGAUCCAGUCUUCGCAGAGAUCACUAAGGGUUGUAAUAAGAAUAAGGAUUUGGAAUUGGAGUUGGGUUUGGUUGGAUCGCCUAGGAGUAUAACGAGGGAGAGCAAGAAUAAUCCGAGUUUGGAUUCAUCGAGAGGACGAAAAGGCGGUGGUGCGUUGAUGCCGCUAUUAGGUAAGCCGUUGAGGGUGUUGAAGAACAAGAAGAGAUCGCAGGCGGAUGCGAAAAGUGAAGGGAACUGGAACGAGAAGAAGAUGGAUCUAGGAGGAGGAGGAGGAGGAGGAGGUAAGGGAGUGAGAAAUGGGUUGGUCUAUCAUGAUCAUCAUAGACAAAAGGCAAAGCAGAUGUGGAAGAAACAUGUGUGGGUUGUGUUGAUGUUUGAUCUAUGCAUCUGUGUUGUUCUGUUUGGAAUCUGGCUUUGGGUUUGUCAAGGGUUUCAAUGCAUCCAAGGGUAAAUAACUACACACACAUGAUAUCAAAAUCCUCUAUUAUCAAGUUUAUGCUUUCAUGUUUUUUUUUUUUUUUUUCAAAAUCCGAGGGUGUUGUUUUCAGGGGUUAAGAAGUUGCCUCUGGUUU